AACGGCCUGAAAAAACAAUUUGGGUCGCAGAAUACAACGACCUGCCAAGGGUGUGGUCACUAUACAGUCAAAAUGAAAAGUUUACGGCGUGACUUCUCGUCGAAUCCGCAGGCAGCAAAUGUCACCAGCAAAGUCUUCGUGAGAUCCACGAAAAGCGGAAAAGUUCAAAAGAUUGUUCGCGAACUUUACCUCAGACAAGACAUUCCUUGCUCGUCAAAGCUUUGCUCGACAUGCGCCUCUACUGCGCCAGCGGAUGCUAAUGGAAAUAUCACGCCUUUCGUGCUCUCGGAGCAGCCCGCGGGCACCAGCGCUUUCCCCCGCGGCCACUACCUUGUCCCCGAUACGAAUGCGUUGCUGAAUGGCAUGGAUCUUUUCGAACAUACCGGAGCCUUCUACGAUGUUAUCAUCCUCCAAACCGUCCUCGAAGAAUUGAAGAACCAGUCCCUACCCCUCUACAACCGCCUGCUCUCUCUGAUCAAGACCGACGAAAAGCGGUUCUAUCUCUUCUUCAAUGAGUUCCGACUGGAGACCCACGUCCGGCGAGGACCCGAUGAGUCGAUAAAUGACAGAAAUGACCGAGCUGUGCGAACAGUGGCCAAGUGGUAUGCGGAACAUCUCAAGACCACGGUGAAGAAGGGGAAGAAGAACGACAUCCCGGCUAUCGUUGUCAUCACGGACGACAAGGAAAACUUGCGCAAAGCAAAGGAGGAAGACGUGACCGCAUUGUCACUGUCAGACUAUGUGUCCGGCCUAGAAGACUCUGAUAGACUACUUGAUAUGAUCAACGAGUCUCGGGAGGCAAGGGAAGCGAAGGGCGCACGCGGCGAACUUUUCUACCCCGAAUACUACUCGAUGUCCAAGCUUAUGACAGGCAUUAGAGCUGGAACUUUGCACCAGGGUGUCUUCAAUGUUUCGCCUUACAACUAUUUGGAGGGCUCUGUCAAUGUUCCGGCGUUCGACAAGCCCUUGCUCAUUCUGGGUCGUGAUAACAGUAACAGAGCCAUCUCUGGAGAUGUGGUUGUUAUUGAAGUACUUCCCAAGGACCAAUGGAAGUCGCCAUCUACCAAGAUCGUCGAUGAAGAGGCGGUCACCAAGAACGACAACCCUGAUACCGAUGAUACCGAGGCAGUGGUGUCGGAGAGGGAACGGAAGGCCUUGCAAGAAGAGGUCAGGAAAGCUCAUGGGAAAAGCUCGGAGGGAAAGCCGCAACCGACAGCCAAGGUGGUUGGAGUCAUGAAACGCAACUGGCGCCAAUAUGUCGGACAUGUCGAUGCCGGUUCGGCAGGUGCUCAGGCUAGCAGCGGUCGCCGCCAGCAGACCGUCUUCGUCCUCCCUAUGGACAAGCGUGUACCGAAGAUCCGAGUCCGUACUAGACAAGCUGGUGAUCUUAUGGGCCAACGUAUUCUUGUCACCAUCGACGCCUGGGAUCGCGAUUCCCGAUACCCCACCGGUCAUUUCAUUCGCUCACUAGGAGAACUGGAGACUAAGGGUGCGGAGACAGAGGCUCUGCUCCUUGAGUAUGACGUUCAGUACAAGCCAUUCCCGAAGGCUGUUCUCGACUGUCUUCCCGCCGAGGGUCAUGACUGGCGGGUACCGGCUAGCAAGGAUAAUAUUGGCUGGAAGGGACGGAGGGAUCUGAGAGAUCUCCUCAUCUGCAGUAUCGACCCCCCAGGCUGCCAAGAUAUUGAUGACGCGCUUCAUGCACGGCCAUUACCGAACGGCAACUUCGAAGUCGGUGUCCACAUUGCAGAUGUGUCUCACUUCGUCAAGCCGAACAAUGCAAUGGACCUGGAGGCCAGUCUCCGUGGAACAACAGUCUACCUAGUCGACAAGCGUAUCGAUAUGCUGCCCCAUCUUCUCGGUACAGACCUUUGUUCCCUCAAGCCCUACGUCGAGCGGUACGCUUUCUCUGUCCUGUGGGAGAUGACACCCAACGCAGAAGUGGUAUCUGCAGACUUCACCAAAUCGGUCAUUCGCUCUCGUGAAGCCUUCAGUUACGAGAAGGCCCAGAAGCGCAUUGAUGAUCCUACGCAGAAAGACGAACUUACCGAAAGCAUGCGCACUCUGCUCCGCUUCUCCAAGAUCCUCCGACAGAAGCGCAUGGAUGCGGGUGCUUUGAACCUCGCCUCGCCCGAAGUCCGCAUCGAAACCGACAACGACGAGGUGGGCGAUCCUCUCACGGACGUUAAGACGAAGGCCAUGCUCGAGACCAACAGUCUCGUUGAGGAAUUCAUGCUUCACGCCAACAUUACAGUUGCUUCCAAGAUCUACAGCACCUUCUCUCAGACCGCCAUGCUCCGACGCCACGCCACCCCUCCCCCUCAAAACUUCGAAGAGCUCAUCAACCAACUCACCAAGAAGCGCGACAUGAGAUUGGACGUGUCCAGCUCUCGUGCCCUCGCCGACUCCCUUGACCGUUGUGUUGACGAGAAGAACCCUUUCUUCAACACCUUGGUCCGCAUUCUCGCCACCCGUUGCAUGACAUCCGCAGAGUACUUCUGCGCAGGCGCCCACGCAGAGUCCGAAUUCCGUCACUACGGUCUAGCCUCACCCAUCUACACACACUUCACCUCCCCCAUCAGACGUUACGCAGAUCUCUUAGUCCACCGCCAACUCGCGUCAGCAAUUGGCUACGAGGGCGAAGAUGGCCGCGCCGUCGUAGAGGGAGUGAUGACCCGGAACAGACUCGAAGAUAUCUGCCGGAACAUUAACUACCGUCAUCGCAACGCCCAGUUCGCCGGCCGCGCCAGCAUCGAAUACUACGUUGGACAGGCGCUCAAGGCACGCGGAGAGAAGAUGGCAGCCGAUGGCGUGGACGGCGGCAUUGAAGAGGAGGGCUACGUCAUGCGUGUCUUCGAGAACGGCGUUGUUGUAUUCGUUCCGCGGUUCGGUAUCGAGGGCGUGGUUCGCUUGGAGGAUUUCGUCCUUCCGGAUGACGCUGCUCUCCGCACCGUCGACGAGCGACGGGAGCUGGUGACGCGCCGACAGAGCGACUUCGACAAUGAAGAGUACACUCUUCGCGUUUCCAACAAAGGAAACUCCGAGUCAGGGCCCAGCAUGUCUGUGGAACUGUUCCAGAAGGUCAAUGUCAACGUUAGCUCUGUCAAGGAAGAAGGUGGUCGCGGCGCAGGAAAGAGGCGGGUUAGAAUCCUGAUUCUGGGAAGCGAUGCCUAGACUGGAGAGAAAAGUUACUAAAAUAAUGACAUGACUACAAUCAUUCUGGUUUGCAAAAUUCACUAUGACUAGAAGGCGUCUAUCGGUGCUUUAUGUAGAUUCAUUGUAUAUAUGUAUGUAUGCCUCUUAUGUACUUCUAUGCUAGUCUAGAAUGGUAAUCUAGACAUCCUAUGCU